GGGUGUGGAGGAGGAGAGUCUCAGCGGAACAACAUAAGACGCUGACAAACAGAGAGAGUAAGGAGACAGCGAGGAGCAUACAAGGACUUCAAACUAACUGCAGCCCGCAGCACCAAGCAGAUAUGAAGUCACUAAGCAGACACCACCCAUUGCUUCUGCUUUUCCUGAGCACCUUGGUUCAUUUCAGCCACUUCUUCACCCAAGCUGCCUCCACUUCUCCUUCUGUCACUCGAUCACGAAUCAUAAUUUUGACCGCUAAGGGCCCAAACGACGACUAUGACGAUGAUGAUGAUUAUGACAUUCCAUACAAGCGUACCUCGGUUAGAACCCCCUUUGUAAACCAGGAGCCCUCACACCUCUGCAAGCACAACCCCUGUCUGGAGGAUCAGCCGUCAUGUGCUGUUCUUUCCCAGCAAACUGCUUGCCUUUGUCCUGGGCUGAGUGGGGCCUCUGAGCCGCCUCAUGCUCCAUGGAUUCACAGCCUGCUCCCAGUGAAGGAGGGGCCAGACAGAGGGAAAAUUGAGAUACAGUGGUGCGCACCGUCCUCCGUUGUCUCUGGAUAUAGAGUGAUCAUUGAAGGAGGUACAGAACAACCCCAGGAAUUUAAUGACAGCAAGAGGAGAGGUUUAGUUGGAUACCUUGAAGUUGGGACUAAAGUGUGCGUGGAGGCAGUGAACAGAGCCGGACACAGUAGCCGCUCUGAGUUUUCCUGUAAGCGCUAUGAGGCCCCAACAUCUUCGGAUCACAGACUAAUGGUAGGCAUUCUGGCGGGCGCAGUCCUCCUGUUUCUACUCCUCAUUAUUGGAGUGGUGAUCAUCUGCAAAUGUCGACCCUGUAAAAAGAAGAAGAGAGAUGCUGAUGAUGGACUAGGAAAUCCUUCUUACAGUGUGGGAGGAACCUUAUGAACCACCGAUAAUGGGACACUAAACAGGCAUUUCAUACAAUAAAAAUGUGGUUAACAAAUCACACCAUUAAAAUACAAACUUACUUAUGUUUCUGUUUAAAGAAACUGUGUGAUCUAGCUUAUUAACAGUCGCACAAUCCUAAUUACUAAUAUGGUAUAGUAUAGUAUAGUAGUAUUUUCAUUGUUGGAGUAGAACUAUUGGUUAAUUUGCAGGCGAAUCAACCCAGUCAGGCACUGUUGUAGAUCUCUUACUCCUUUGUAUUUUUGUACAUGUUUUAGGGUUCCUUUUGUUUAAAUUAAAUGCUUUCCAUAAAAAUAAAGUGUGC